UCCCGCCAGCCCUCCCGCGCGCCAUUGUCCUGCGCUCGCGUCUUUGGUGGCCUGCGCAGCCAGCGCCUGUUCUUCGUCUGGUCCCUUCCUCAUCUUUCGCUCGCUCGCUCGCGCGCUCGUUCGUUCCUUCGUUCGUUCGUCCGUCAUUCAUGGUGCCCUAUAUGCGAGAGUCGGCGUCGUGGCUGAGUUCAUUUCAUCAUUUGGUGGUUGACGGGCUGUUUGGUGUGUGCGAGUUCUCGCUGCGGAGGAAGGCGGAUAUGGCAGUUUAGGGUACGCGCGGGGUGUGUGUGCACGAGAAGGUCGAGGCGAUGGGAACGUCGGAAGCGGAAGGUAUGGCAGGUGUGGCUUAGGACGCGCGGACGCAGCAGAGCAGAGCGGAGGAGAGUCGAGGAGGGCGAGAGGCUUCGUUCGAGGUGUUAAGGAUGGUGCGGUGGGAGCGCGCGGCGAGGGUGAUUUUGAAGGUCUUUGAACGGAAGGUUUGAUUGGUGUAGGGCUUUGAAGUGCGGAAUAGAGCUGAAGCUGAAGCAGAAGGUGGUACGAGGCAUUGGGUGCAGGGCUUUUCUUCUGGCUGAUGUAAGGAUCAGUGAGUUGAGUGAGGGACAGGUUGUAGAGUGGAAGUUAGAAAGGAGAGGAUAUGGCGUCGGUUAAGAAAGAUGGGUCACAGCUCGUUGAGCUUUUCGAGAAGGCUUCCAAGUCGGCGGACAAGGUCGAGGAUGAUGAGACCAACGAAGCUGAAGAGACCCGGUGCAUCGACGCGCUCAAAGCUAUGCGUGCCGUAUCUGUGACCACCUCUAUGCUUAUGGACACCCAGUAUUAUCCCACUGCAGAGAAUUCUGGGAGUUACCGGGGUCCUGCAUGCCAAUUACAGCCCGUCGCCAAGCGCCUACGCAGACUCACGAAGCACAAAAGUUCAGAGAUAUCUUCUGUGGCUCAGGAGAUCAUAAAUGCCUGGAGAAAGGUUGUUGCGGCGGAAGCAGCAGCUAAGAAUGACGCUGCCAAGAGUGAGCCAACCUCUUCGAAUAAGUCAUCUGUAACAUCCAAAGACUCGCUCAAGUCUCCGCGAAGUGGGGAUACGCCGAAAUCUCCCACUACGAUCAUAAAAUCUGAGAAGUUGACCGCUGUGAAGAAAGAGACCACCGUCAAGGUAGAGAUGAAAACGUCUUCGGUGUCUGUUUCCAAGACAUCAUCAAAUACUACAGUGUCAAGCACAACCUCAACAAAUGGGUCUACUGGGAAUUUCAAAUUGCCUAAGACUGGUGACUCCACGAGAGACAGGAUCAGGGAGCUCCUCGCGGAGGCGUUCUCGAAGGUUCUUACAGAAGCUCAAGACGAUCUCCUGCAGAAAGCCAAGAUGAAGGAUAUUGUUCACGUGGCAGUCACUGUGGAGAGUGCGAUGUUCAAGAAGCUGGGUCUUUCCAAAGACGCGAACAAGACGAAGUACAGAUCGAUCAUGUUCAAUUUGAAGGAUGCUAACAACCCGGACUUACGAAGGCGGGUGCUUUUGGGUGAAAUUGAACCAGAACAGCUGAUGACUAUGAGCGUAGAUGAUAUGGCAAGUGACCAGAGGAAGGCUGAGAAUAAGAAGAUCAAGGACAAAGCUCUGUUUGAAUGCGAGCGAGGGUUGAAAGCAGCCGCGUCAACAGAUCAAUUCAAAUGCGGAAAGUGCAAGCAGAGGAAGUGUACCUACUUCCAGAUGCAGACGAGGAGUGCUGAUGAGCCUAUGACAACCUUUGUGACUUGCGUGAACUGCAACAACCACUGGAAGUUUUGUUAGGAGUUUAUCGGCUGUACCACUGUAUCACUGGUCCAUAAUCACGGUAGAUCCCCUUUAAAGGGUACACGUAGGAUGAUCUUAAAAGGUAUAGUGAAUGCUGGCUCCUUGUCAGAGCCCACACGGUCGUCAUGUUGUCAUUUGAUUCCGUUCACGUGUAAAAUUUUAGCACAGAGAGCCCCCUGCUUAUGAAGCAUCAGGAUUUGCCUCUCGAGGUCCCGCCGGAAGGAAGAAGACUUCACUGGUGGAAUCUCGGACUUCAUCGACAUUGUUUACUUAAACAAAGGUAAUACUUUGGUAGAAAUUUGCUACGCAGCGUUAGUCAGUAGUGUCUAUACAGGAUCGAGGUUGUCUGUUCAACCCUGUAAUUUCCCACAUUUGCAACUUCAAGAUUGAUUCUCUAUGCUGCGAAGGUGGAGCAGGAUAACGGUGGUUCUUCUAUGUCUCCCAUACCUCCUGCUUCUUGGAGAGUUUUGACUACUCAACACGUGAUUUGGAAGUUACGUAGUCUCACCCCUUUGAAUGGGGUUAUUGUCUAGACUGCAUGUCACAUACUAUUUCUCUGACCGGACCUCCAAUUUUAUGUUUGAAAGUUGCCUAUUUCCUAUCAAGGAGCAGGUGCUUGGCGUCAAGACAGUUGGAUCAGUUCGAACUCUAUCGCUGUCUCUUGACGCCACGAUAAACAAGAUAGCGGCAGAACUAAUCUUUACUAGUCAAUAUUGCACAAAGAACAAAGUAAGUCAUGAUCACUCCAUGCAUUGCAGAGCAAAUACCGGAAACAUGACUACAUGACUGAACUAUGUGCAUAGAAGCAGGUAAUCUAGCUAGGUUAAGGACACUCUACUCUUAUGCAAGCUCUGUGCUAAAACCUAGCAACCCUUGUACCAGUUAUAGAGAAACCUUCACAAGGGUACCAGUAUUAAAAGAGAGCAGUGCGCUCGAGUAAAACCUUGUUCAGUAAAGAAAGAAAAAGAGAUAGGCAGAAAUG